AUGGUAAAUACACAAUUGUAUUUUAUUUUUUUGACAGUAUUGAACAUCUUUGUUUCAUCAAAUGCUAAAUAUGUGAGAUCACCUGGAAAUGAUGUUUCUCUUACAGCAGCUUUAAAACAUUCAUUAGAAUUAAAAUGUAUAUAUCAGGGCCUUAAUGAUGGUGGAGGAUUUACUGAAUGGUAUAAAGAUGGUGUACCUGUAAGUAGUGAAAAACCAGGACAUUAUGCUGUUCAUAAUAGUGACACAGAAUCAAAACUUACUAUAAAAGUUUUUGUUAAAGCAGAUGCUGACGUUAAAAUAUGGUCUGUUAAAACAACAAAAUCUGGUUUUGAAGAACCCCUAGCAUGUCAAUUUGGUCCAAUACCAAUUAGACCAGCACCACAAUAUAUGGAAACAGGUCUAUCUUAUGAACAAUUAGACGCUUCCCAUGAAUCUGUAAGACGCGUUCAAGGUGAUCGACUUAGUCUUAGAUGUGUUGUUGAACCAAGUCUAACAGAAGAAGAAAGCCUCAAGAAUAUAAAAUGGGAAUAUAGUCCAGAUGAUCGUGAGUAUAGUAAAUUACAUGAUGGUGCUGCAAUUCCAAGUGGAGAUCAAUUAGUAAUUGAUACAGUUGAUAAAACUCAUCGAGGAUAUUAUCGUUGUUCAGUUGAUAAUGUUUCAUUUACAGUUUUAUUACGUGUUAAAGAUCGAUUAGCAGCACUUUGGCCAUUUCUUGGUAUUGUUGGUGUUGUUCUUGUAUUAGUUAUUAUUAUAUUAAUCUUUGAAAAACGUGAAAGAUCAACAAGAAAAGCAACUAUAAUAGAUGAUGAUGAAAAUGAUCAUGCAAAUGAUCCUCUUGUCCGGUUAUCAAAUAAACCAUCAGAUGGUGAAAAUAAAAAACGUGCUGUAAAAGUCUAA